GCCACCGGUUCCCCGUAAGCCCCUAACCUAACCUUAACUAACAUAGCGUUCGAUUUCUAAAUGCCUUUUUCCAUUCCUCCACAGCAAUGUGUGGUGACAACGAGGAACUGCUACCAUCGCCUCCGAGCUGCGAACCGACCUGCACCGACGAUUGUGCUGGCCGGCCCGUUCACUCGCGCUACCUCGACCAACCGACCUGCGUCUGCAAGAAAGGCUACCGGCGGCACAAGGGCAAGUGCAUCCGGGUCGACCAGUGCCCGUCCUGCGGUCCGUACGCAACCCUCACCGAAAGUGCUCCCUGCUGCGAGCCAACCUGCGACAACGACUGCAGCAACGUGCUCUGCAUUAGCCCAGUGCAAACCGGCGAACCGAAGUGCGUGUGCCAGGACGGGUACGUGAAGCACAACAGCACCUGCAUCAAGCGGGAGCUGUGCCCCAAGACGGUCUACUACGUACCGAAGCAGUUCUGCCGGUGCGGUGGCAAGCGGAAACCCAAGGGCCGCGUGCCGGUCAAGUACGUGGAGGCUACCACACCGGCCCCUCCGUGCGCCUGCCAGCAGCAGAGCGAGGCUCUUUCGCCGGACUACUAUCCUGCCGUCACCUAUUCGCCCGCAUCCUACCCGCCAAUGGUGUACGUUUCUUCGCCCUACGUUGCGACCACUACACCCGCUCCACCGUGCCCGCGUCCAACAAACCCCCCGCCACGGUAUGCUCCUCCCCAGCCGCCCCAAAACUAUGCGCCGCCGAAGUACGCACCAUACCAGCCCCCGGCAACGUGUGCCCCACCGCCCGUCCAGUACACCGCACCGCCCACUACCUGCGCUCCUCCGACAGCCCCGCCGAGACCGUACUUCCAACCGUCGCCCCCACCGUCCUACACCCCUCCCAAGUACCUUCCUGCUCCUCCUCCUCCGCCCUACUCCUACACUGCCCCGCCACGGGUUGAAGCGUCCACGUGCGCCCCGCCAAAACCAUCCUACCUUCCCGCUCCUUGCAAUGGUCCACCUCCCCCUCCUCCUCCUCCACCCUGUGGCAGUAGUGUAACGAUGCAGCCACCCUCCUACCAGUACCAACCGACCCCGCCGCCAGCCCCGAAACCGUACACCUAUCCAGCGACCACCCCGCAGCCCUACGCCUACCAGCCGACCACCCCGCGGCCGUACUAUCAGCAGCCACCGUCCUCCUACCAGGAUCAACCGUACUACGCCAUACCGGCGCUGAAGCAGUGCAGCUGCAGCAUAAACGCGGCGACCGGUGGACAGCCCUGUGCGGCCGGCUGCGCCCGCCAGCCACCGAUUUCGUUCAACGUGGCGACACCGUCCACCACUACCGCGGCACCGACCACUACGGUCUGUCCGCCGGCCUGCCCGUGUCAGUUCCAGUACAACCAGCAGCACCCGGUCGCCUACCAGGAUCAGCCGUACGUGCCGCAGCCGCCGACGACCACCGCGCGGCAGCCGGUCGACGUACCGUUCAUACCGCUGGCCGGGCCGAACUGCUACACUCCACCGCCCGGCUGUCCAGCCGGUGUGCCCGUCGGUGUACCCGGGGUCGGUGCUCCUGGCAGUGGCUCUUACUUUUCCGUCGGCGGAUACGGCGGUGCACCUCCGCUCCUGUCUGCCGGCGGGUAUGGCGGGGCACCGCUCGUGUCAGCCGGCGGGUAUGGCGGUGCACCUCCGCUCGCGUCCGUCGGCGGAUACGGCGGUGCACCUCCGGUCGUGUCAGCCGGCGGAUAUGGCGGCAGUGCACCUCCGGUCGUGUCAGCCGGCGGGUAUGAUGGUAGCCUCGCGGCAGCCACCGCACCGGGCGGCGAUUCUAUCGCGACAGCGGGCGCACCUAGCGGACCGUUCCUGUCGGUGCUGCGCUACGGAGUGUAAUCGUGGUGGUGCGACGUACUGCUAAGUAACUUAUUGAUACUCCAAAGAUCGUUUGUAACAUUAUAAUCCCGUUAUUUAAAGUCCCUUCUUUAGAUUUCUUAAUAAAAAAAAAACAGAUUCACAUAACAUUGCGCAUUUUGCGUCGGGGUGUUGCUUUGGUUUUCGGUCGCGUGUUCAGCCGACAAGCACACG